AUGUCUUACGCAUACAACAAGACCCUCGUGGUAGGAGCUACUUCAGGAAUCGGCUGGGCGCUCGCCGAAAAGAUUGUUCAGGAUGGCAAGCAGGUUAUCCUCGUUGGACGGAGGAAGGAAAAGCUUGAUGAAUUUCAACAGAAGUAUGGCAGCGAGAAGGUCCAGUCUAUCGUCUUCGACAUCAGCAAGCUCGAGGAGAUCCCAAACUUUGUGAAGGAAGUGACGAGCAAGCAUUCGGAUCUCGACUCAGUCUUCCUCAAUGCAGGCAUACAGCGCGGCUUCGACUUUUCGAAACCAGAGACGGUGGAUCUGAGCAUGUUGGAGAUGGAGUUCCGGACAAACUACCUGUCAUACAUGCAUCUGACGACUGCAUUCACGCCGUUCCUGCAAAAGCAGAACAAAGAGACGAGCUUCAUCUACACCACAUCCGGCCUUGCACUCCUGCCUUUACCGCGUUGCCCAAACUACUGCGCCAGCAAGGCCGCACUGCAUCAUAUGAUCCUUGUACUUCGCGAGCAGCUGCGCACCGGGCCGGGUAACAUUAAGGUCAUAGAAAUCUUCCCUCCCGCUGUACAAACGGAAUUGCACGACGAGAAGCAUCAGCCCGACAUCAAGGACGGACGCAACAUCGGGAUGCCAUUGGAAGAGUUUACCAACGAGGCUUGGGCGGGCUUGACAGAGGGCAAGGAGCAGAUUCCUGUUGGCUUUGUGGGCAAGGCGUUUGAUGCUUUCGAGAACAAGAGGCAAGAGAUGUUCCAUGGUCUCAUGAUGAAAAUGCACUAGGCGUGAGGAAGAGCAUCGAUAGGGUCCAGCAUCUUCUGCGAUAGAGGAAUGUAUGCAACGCGAUCAUAUU